AAAAAAAAAAAGGGCAGAAAUGGAAUGGGGGGAGUUGGAGUAUAUGAAAAACUCCGUUGGUACCAUGAAAGUCGCUGUUGAAGUUUCAAAAGUGUUCGGAGGUUUCGAACAAAGAAAUAAUAGUUGAAGUUCUUAAAUCUCGUAAACCUCAUUGGAGCCGAAGAAGAAGACCAUACAACCAUGGCUAGUAGUUCUGGAUCAGCCAGCUUAGAAGAUGUUCCCUCCAUUCAUCUCAUGACCGAGCUUCUCCGUCGCAUGAAAUGCGCUUCAAAACCCGACAAGCACCUCAUUCUCAUUGGUCCACCUGGAUCAGGAAAAGGUACCCAAUCUCCAAUUAUCAAGGAUGAAUACUGCUUGUGUCACUUGGCUACUGGUGAUAUGUUAAGAGCUGCUGUUGCUGCAAAAACUCCACUUGGUGUUAAGGCUAAGGAGGCCAUGGACAAGGGUGAACUUGUGUCUGAUGAUUUGGUUGUUGGCAUCAUUGAUGAGGCAGUUAAGAAGCCUUCAUGUCAGAAAGGUUUCAUUCUUGAUGGAUUUCCUAGAACCGUGGUCCAAGCACAGAAGCUGGAUGAGAUGCUAGAAAAGCAGGGUGCUAAAAUUGAUAAGGUGCUUAAUUUUUCCAUUGACGAUGCAAUCUUGGAGGAAAGGAUUACUGGACGAUGGAUACACCCAUCCAGCGGGAGGUCUUAUCACACCAAAUUUGCUCCUCCAAAGGUUGCUGGCAUUGAUGAUGUUACGGGAGAACCUCUGAUUCAACGUAAGGAUGAUACUGCAGCAGUUCUCAAAUCUCGGCUGGAGGCUUUCCACAAGAAAACAAAGCCAGUGGUUGAUUACUAUUCCAAGAAGAAAAUUGUGGUAGAUCUUCAAGCAGAGAAGCCUCCCAAAGAUGUAACAGAAGAGAUUCAGAAAGUGCUCUCAUCCUAGAAAUGGGCAUCUUACAAUAAUUCAACAAUGGAUGAAACCUUUUCAAUUUUUACAGAAACCAUUGGAAAAUUUAACAUUCAAUUGAUAUUGUAUUGUCAAAUCUGCUGACUUUGUGAGUUAACCUCAUUUGAACAAAAGAUACACAUUGGUCUUCAACUUUUCAUUACAAAUUGUACUAAUUCUAUAAAAUAAGAAUAAUUAUCUUAUAGAACAAUGAAAUUUAUAUUAUCAGUGCUCAUUUCCAUG